AUGAUGAAAGAUGAAGAUGAGGAUGAAGUUCAAGUUCAAAACACUGAAGUAAUUAAAGGUAAGAAAGGGAAUCAGAAGAAGGGCAGGUGGUGUGCAGAAGAAGAAAAACACUUGGUGUCUACUUACAUUAAUUGUUCCGGUGAUCCGGAACAAGGAAUAGAUCGGAAAAAGGGUGCAUUAUGGAAUAAAAUCAAAUACUCCUACGACGCAGCAGUCGUUAAAAACCCGAUGAAAUCUCUUACAAUGCGUUGGGGUCAAAUCAACGAAGGUGUUACUUCGUGGAUUGCAGCACUUGGUUUAGCUGAGCGUUUGCAAGCUAGUGGUGAGGUUAUUAACGAGCUAGAGGCAAAAGCACAUGAACUUUACAGACAAAAAAUGGAAGAUGGUCAACCUUUCACAUUUCACCAUUGUUGGCUACGAAUGCAACACCUUCCAAGAUGGAUGCCUGGUAGAGAUUCAACCAUUGUGAGUGAAGGAAGUUCUAAGAGAUCAAGCGAUGAAGAUGGAAUGCCAAAGCGUCCCGUCGGAUCGGGUGAAGAAAGUGAAAGCCCAGAAGUAAUUGAAAGGUGCUACAACUAG